AGCCAGUCGGUAGGGGGUAAUGCUGUGUAAAUGACGAUGUGUCAUUGCUACAUCAUCCGGCUUAUGUCGGUAGAAGGCUUAAGGGUGGGUUUAUUUAAUCGCAAACACCGACGCUCACCAUCCCACUUCAAUCUCAAAUAUGGCAGAGAAAACUCACCGCCAGAAUCUCCAGUCAAGGAACAGAGGCCUACCAUGCCUCCAACAGACUUCCUUGAUUCAAAAGAUGGCUGGGAGGUGGAUCCUAACAUCCACAAAGAGUUUGUAAAUUGGAAGCAGAAUCCAAAGUUUGAUAAGACGGAUCCUUUUCUUGCCAGAAUAUACAAAGAAGACAUUAACCUUUGCCUGGAUUUUAGCAAUGCAGAACUUGGCUCUAAAGUUCAAGAAGCCAUUGAGGAUGGAAACAUUUUUAUUGAAGCUGUCAGCGAUAAGAGUAAAACUGUUUUCCCAAAGAAAUGUGCACUCCUGGAAGCUCCCAGACAAUGCCACUACAGAAUGAAAUUAGGAGAUCAAGAACAAUGGUACUACAUUUCACAGAUCUGUAGAAACAGAGUCACUGCUGUAUGUGACUUUUUGAAUUACUUGCGAUAUAUUGAACGAGGAUUGGUGAAAAGCUCAGUACAUGAUGUGUACUGGGAGAUCACAAGACUCCGAAAGGAAAUGGUACUGGCCCGUCUCGGUCUGGCUCUCUCAACAUAAAGAAGACUGCAUUGAAAAUGAAGCAACAGCUAUCCUGAGGGACCUGCAGUUAUUGUUUGUGGGCCAAUUAAAUUGACCCUUUACAACAUUAUAGCCAAAGAGAUUAUAAAUGUGAUGUAAUAUAUAGUAGUAAUUUUCAUCCAUAAAUGUGUAUAGACAAAAAAAAACAACAAGCCAUGAAUUAUGCCAAGCAAAAAGAUGCAUUCAACAGAAACUUCUGAUAAUCCAGCAGUGGCAUGAAUGCUAGAUGUUGAUGUUUUUGGGUCUAAAAAGCCUUUCCAUUCAGAUUGAAAAUAUGUUUUAUUUUUAGAUAUCAUUGUAAUUGUAGCAGAACUUCAAAAUCCUUUCUACUUAUGUCUUUUGUUUACUACAUACAUAGAAGUACUGCUAGAAAUGUAAUAUACGUAAAAUCCUAAGCUCUUUUGAGUAAUACUUGCUAAUAUAUUAUCAAGUAUUUCCAUGUACAAAGUUGAUAUAUAUUAUAUUCAAAUAGAGAAAUAUUUAUAGAACGUUAUUCGCUAAAAGAAUAUACACCUCAACAUAUUGUUUUAAAGACACGCAAAACAUGUGAAAGGUAUAUGUAUAUGUGCUAUGAGAUUUUGUUAAGUCUUCCUAAGGAGAUGGAAUUAAAUGUACUGACAUCUGUGUAUAAAAUACUGGGACUUCCAAAUUAAUGCUGUUAAGACAGCUAUAAGUAGGAAAUGCCGUCAAACUAAGGCACAGUGCCAAACAAACUUAAUGUAAGGUAAAAAGGAAUUAAAUUGAUCCAUUUUAUGUUGACCUUGUAGGUCAUUGCUGACUGUUAUCCUCAAUAAAGAAAUAUAUUCAAAUUUAAA